AUGGCGGCACCUCGUCCUCUGAAAAGACCACGCUUGGGGCAGCCUGAUGUCUAUCCACAAGACAGUAAACAGCGAGAGGUACAAUUAAAUCGAAAUUUAAACGCUAGAACUUCAUUUUUGUAGACAACUUAAAUAUAUUUCUUCGACAGGACGAGCUCACCGAAGAAAAUGUCAAAAAGGGAUUUAGCUACCAACCGCUUCCAUUUAGCUCGGGGACAAAUGAGGUUGGUAUGAUUUGACACUUUGUCGUCACAUAUGAAGUUGAUCGCUUCAUAGAUGCAAACUUGAAUGUAUAUUUUCCUUUUUCAGUAUGGAUCAGCAAAGGAUAUCAUGUCUAAUGUGCCGCUGUCAAAGGUAUUGUAGGUGCUCGUUGAAUUAAAGACCUCGCAAAUUGCGGUCUUCUCUUUACGAUAGAUAGUGGCUUCGCAGUUUUAUGUAAAGGUAUUUAAUCGAUUUGUCACUGAUAAAAAGAACUGAUUUGUUUUUCACUUUGUAUUCGGAUGGAUGAUAAUGAUACAAGGCUGUCUUAACCAUAUCAAGUUACAUUUUCUAGUCCCAUUUUGUGCAUUGAUGUCGUCGUUCUAAUUUAUUUUUUGCUCACCUAUUUUUAUUCCUGUAUUAUUUUUCAAUUAUGGAGAUUAUCUUAAAAAUCAAAGAAAAAAGAUUUAAAAUGAAGAGAAAAAUUUUAACCCUGAGGUAUUAACUCUGUAUGUUGAACUACUGUUGUACAUUAAUCCCUUUAACUCCCAUGAGUGACCAAGACAGAAUUUCUCCUUACAAUAUUAAUACAAUGUCAACCAGAUAAGUGAUAAGAAUAAAACAAAAUAUCAAUUUGGGGAUAAUAAGUUGAUUCAAUACUAAAUUCUCUGAACUAAAAUUAUAAGAAUUUUAUGGUUGACAUUUAGGAGAAUUACAAAUUUGAUCUGGGAGUUAAAGGGUUAAGGUAUUUUGUAGAUAUUCUCAUCAGCCCUUUUACCCACAUUAGGUCUCCAUAUCCAUUCCUGUAACCAUGUGGUCUACAUUUAUUUUCAUUUCAGCUUUGAGAAAUUGGCUUUAAAUCUGUAACUGUCCCUUGCUGAAAUUUCCUUUUUUUAUUCUCAUCACUUUUUGCUUGAAAAUUGUUUUGGUACUGAAAGGAGAAAUUUUGUUUUGGUCACUUCAUGAAGUGAAUGAAGGGUCAAUAAAGGAAAAAAGCCAUCAGUUUCCCCCUGUUCCCCCUCCCUUGAAGGAUUCAGAUCUCAGACCUUUAAAUCAGAGCUCAACCUACUUAGCAAGUAGUUUCAUGUAUUAGAUGCAGCUAUGGUGAUUGUGGUGCAUACUGCUAAGAUCUGGAGUGUUAAUUUUUUUUUUGAUAUUUUAAAUAAAAUUUAGGGGUAAUGGUAGAUUUUGUGAGAAAUAUAUCUCUCCUUGUUUGACAAGUGAGUACAAAAUUUACCAUAUUUCUACAAUAUCUUAAAAUUGUGAAAUUGCCCCUUUAAUAAACUUUUGGAUCAUGUGUGCUAAUUAAGGAACAGAGUGCUCAUUUGGCAUAGAAAUUGUAAAAUUCUCAGGCUACAGCACAGAAUUCUCUGCUUCUAUUUAAAUGGCCUGUGCUUAUCUUUAUUCAGAAAUACUAUUUCAUACAUACAGCACUAUCCAAUAUUUCUUUAACUCAAGAAAUUCUUUAAUUUAUUGUUACACUGUAAAGUGAUGCAAUGUUUGUUGUUUUUCCCCAUAGUUUGCCCAAAGUUUCAAUGCCAUAUUAGUAGAAAAACAGAAACAGAAUACCUUCACAUCCCAAGAUGGAAGCAAGAGAAAAGCACAGCCAGUCAAAGAUAACUUUUUGCCUGUGAGUGAACACUCUUUUAACCUUUGAUGGUGUGGCAGUCUCCCUAAAUGAUUCAAUCACCUGUUACCACAACUGUAGUUGUGAAUGAGGUAGUAGCCCAUUGGACUCCAAUUGUAAUAAGCAAUUACAUGUACUUAAAUUGCAGUCUACCUUUGAGGAUGGUUUCUGUAGUUUAGAAAGUUUGCAACUGAACCUGAGUAAAGCUCUAAAACAUAUUUUUAGGUACACAUCACUGCUCGCUCAAGGCCAUUUAUCUCAUCAUGGUUUCAAGAUCUGGCUGGGAACAAACCGCUGACAGUUUUAGCAAAGAAGGUACAAUGUACAGUGUGUAUAUUUUUUAUUUGACAGUACUUGAUUAUAAAGGUAUUAAAUUUAUGCACAGUGUACAGUACGUAGACCAUGUAUUAUACAUGUGCAUUUAUUGAGGAGAAAAUCUCCAUAAAUUAAAACCAAUUGCUAAAGACCAAAUUCUUAUUUACUGAUUUAAUAUUAUCUCUAUGGGAAUCAAUGGUAAAUUAAAAAUAGUUGGGAGCAAAAUCUUGACAAAAUUUAUACAGAUGAUAAAUGUAGCUGUACACAUAGUGAACAGGUAAUGUGAAGUGUAAACUGUAGCCUUAAAACUAUUGUCUUCAGGGCAGGGAUUUACAUGUGAUGUAAAAUAUGGACUAAGUCUCACAAACUGGGUAUGAAACACAAACAAAGGUGUAAAGUUCAGACUAUGAUUCACAAAGGUGCAAUUUACUUUCAAAGUGAAGUUUUUCUGGUUAUUCAGCUAUUAUUUUUACCUUAUCAUGAUAAUAAUACUAAUAAUAAUGCUACUACUAAUAGCAAUGCUAAUAGUAAUACUAAUGAUAAUAAUAAUAAUAAUAAUAAUAAUAAUAAUAAUAAUAACAAUAAUAAUAAUAACAAUGUAAUUAAUAAUAAAAUUGUUAGAGCAGACCUCCAUCUCUCUAGGUGGUUUUAUAAAAAUAAUUUAGUACAUUGGGAGUUCUUUUAGCUUUUAGGAGUUUCAAGCUUUUUCAAAACUGUUCCCUGAAACAACUGCAACAGUUGUUCAAGAACUUACUUACAUGUAUCAGCCUAAAUGGAGAAGUUAACCGCCCACUGUGCUCAGAACCUUUCAUUGAGAUAAUUGUCCUUUUCAGGUACCAAUUUUCAACAAGAAAGAAGAAAUCUUUAGCAGUCUGUGUGAUCACUCCAUUCCAAUGUUAAGGGCAGCCUGGUUCAUCAAGAUAUCAUCAGCUUACAACACAGGCAUCAACGAGUCCAAAGGCAAAAAGAGAAUCAUGGCAGACCCAGCUCAAGGUGUGUUCAUAAGUACAUAUAUAUGACUUAAAAUUUGUUGAAGAGGUAAUUUUGCUAAGUAAGCAACAAAGAAAUGCUAAUUAAUGUUCAAUGGUCAGUGAUAAUAAGUUUGAGUGUGCAUUAAAAGCAGCAUUUCCAAGUAUUUUUAGCUCAAUGUGGGUAAUUCUUGUGGAGCUUCGGGAAAGGGGAGAAGGGGGCUUGGGUGAGGUUUAUUUGCCUUUUGUAACAAAGUGCAGUUAUUAUUAGAUGCAGGAGAUCUCUACUGAGCUUUAAGAAAGAUUCCUACAGUAGUAUUUCCAUUUAGUCAAUACAGAAGAUAUAGUUAGUUCUACAUCAAUAGUAACAGGGACUGGUAAAACUGAAUACAUGUUGAAAGUUUUAUCAAUAAUUAUAAUACCUAUCACAAACACCCUAAGUGGUUCUCUCUUUUGCACUCUUUCCCUUUGUCACUACAGUGGGAAUGGUGACUGGAUGUUUUCAUGCUGCAGCUUAUAGCGAUUAUGUUGCAUUGUUUGCACUAUUUGGACCUUGGGAAUGAAAAGGUCAAUGUACUGUACUGUACGUGCAGUUGGGAUGGUUAGAUCUUGAAUUGUGAAUGCAAGCUUUACUGCUUGCCUUAAUUGGUGUAAAGAUCAUGCUUAACCUUUAAACUGCCAAGAUCUGAUUGUCAAUUCUCCCCUCUAGCUGCUACACAUUUCCUUGUAUAUUAGUUACAAGUAUUUGGUGUAAGAUCAAGAAAAUAACUUCUACUGUACUUUACUUGAUAAGUUUGACCAUUUUCAGUACCUGUUUGCUGGAUAAUGUAUUCUUUAACCCCAUUGUCAUCUUGCAUCUUUUCAGAAUGGACUCAUGCUUUGACAAAAUUCUUGAAAGACCAGCUGAGCAAGAUUGCAGAUUUUUAUCAAAGCCACUUUGCAGGCAUAACUUCUUCCCAACACCAGCAGAGAAUGACACCUGAAGUAGAACAAGCACUAAAGCAGUGGAACUACACUGUGCGACUUUCACACUGGCUUUAUGAGGUGAGAAACUUGACUUACAACUAUCUAUAUUUUCAUGUAUGGGUAGGUGUAUGUACUUGUUUUAUUGGAAAACAAAAACAAUGAGCCAGACUUAUGACUUCAGGCUCCCUCACAAGUGAAACAGGAUGAAUGAUUUAGACCACUAAUUGAGCUAUUGUAGAGGGUAAUCUAUACACAAGAACAUGUACCAUUUACUUUAAAGAAGAAGUUCAUGUAAUUUUUGCUAACUGACUUUGAAGUUUAUGAUACAGUGCAUGACAGUUUCUUUUUUUAAUUGCAAUCCUUACAGCAGAAAAUCAGCAUUAGCUGUUGUAAAUUGAAAUAGAUUAUUUCUCACCUUUACACUAUUACCAGCACCCAACUAAUAUGGCCUAACUAGAAUCUGGGAGGCACAGGUUUGAAUCAUGACAAUGCCUGAACUUUUGAAGUCUUCUUUUCUGCAAUUGCUACAAUUGCAGAAUCAUUUAACCCUUUAACUCCCAAGAUCUGAUUGUUAAUUUUCCCCUCUACCUGUUACACAUUUCCUUUUAAAUAAGUUAUGAGAAUUUGGUGUCAAAGCAAGAUAAUAACUUUGUUCUGAUAAGCUUGAAUAAACUCAUGACCUUCUGAAUAAUCUUAGGUUAUUAUGGGGAGAAGUUACCUGUUAAUGACUUCUGGGAGUUAAAGUAUUAAUUUGUUUGCUUGAUUUUCAUGAGCAGAUCAACUGAAAUUUAUGUCAUUGUUAGUGAAACACUAAUACUGUUGUUUUGCCAAUUUUUAGGAGAGUCUUCUUGACAGACAGGAAUUUCUUCAGUGGCUGUUGGAUUUGUUGGACAAAAGCAAGAAUGCAGAUGACUUGUUGCUAAAAUACCUUAUUCCUCUUUUACUAAGGGUACAGUUUGGUUUCUGUUUUGUUCUAACAGCUCAUUUUUUGCACACACAACUUUCAGGGAGUUUCCCCAUUACAUAGAGGUUUUUAACCAGUCUUUUGUAAAGUCCACUGAUUCAAUUUUUGACCAAUUAAAGCAACUGCAAUUAUGGGGCAGGGCAGGGGAGGUGAAAUAAAGUGUUCAAGAACAAACAAACAAAGAAAUCAACACUUGGCUGGGCUUAGAAGGGGUUUGGACACAAAAAAUAAAAUUAAAAAUGCCUUUUAUAGAGGUUGGCAUUUCAGGCCAGAUUUUAAUUUAUCUGUUUUGAUCAUCACUGGCACCAUUUUGUUUUAGUAUGUUGACCAGAUAGUCAUGUCCCAAACCCUUGCAAGAGUUCUUGCCCAAGUGUGUUCCAAGAAGCUGUCAACGUUGUAUUCAGCCGCUGAGCAAAUGCAGUCUGAGCAACAGAAUCAAGGGACAAGCAGCUCAAACAAGACAAGUAGCACAUCUGUGCCCAGUCCUGUUCCAUCCAUUACCCCAGAGAGGUACAUUAUCUGUCACGACAGUGUUACUGAUUGUUUGGGCUCUGGGGUGAUAAUCUGGUGAUGCUGGGUUCAAGCCUGUUAUUCACUGGUUUUGUUCUCGGUUGCCCCAACCUCAACUCAUUGGCUGUGCUUUGUUUAUAGCCAAUUGAUCUGCCUCCUGCCAGUUGGGUUUCUAAGACUUCCUUUUGUUUACAGUGUUUCAAUUUGUUCGUAUUGGCCCUGAAAAGCUCCAUGGGGUAGUGAUGAAUUAAGUUUAUAUUACACAUCGUAGAUACACGCUAUGUUUCACCUACUCCUCAUCUUACAUGUUGAUCAAGUCAUAAUACUUUACAUGCAUAUUUUGCAUAAACAGCUUUAAUUGAAACUAAAAUUGACAGCUGUGCAUUAGUUGUCAGAGUAUUAUAAUGAUUUAAAUGCCCAACAUCUGGAAACUUUCUGCUGCUCCCAGUGUGAAGCUUUACAGUACUUGAUUACGGAGUUUAGAUCUGAACUGGCCUUCACUUGUAACACAAGAGUAUGUGCUUUUAGGGCAAAGGAAAAUCUUUUCAUUGAUUGUUGAAGCCACAAUAUUUCAUUGGUAAGAUCACAGAAAGGGUCAGAACUAGUAAAAAUGGGUGUCAUGAGGGUGAUGGUGAAAAAUGAAAGUUAAGCAUCCUUCCAAGGGGAUUGAUGCCCCAACAAGGCAGUCAUUUCUUUUGAAACUUAGAUAUAAUGCUGACUGUUUUUUUUUUGCCACCCAUCUUUUUCCUUCUUUUGGUAGUUCAUCUCUUGCUCCUGUGAAUCCUCAGUCUCUUCCUGUACUGUCACAGUACAAGACAUGUCCACAGCAUCAUGCACUUGUCCUGUCACUGAGUUCAGUUCUCCAGACGAUAGCAAUCUGCUGCCCUGGUGCUCUGAUCUGGAACUCAAUUCCAUGUGGGGCCAGUAGCAGUAGCAUAACAAGCAGUGCAAGCAACUCAACUGUAGCUAACACAGACAUGGCUGCUAAUAAACCUGCUGUGUUGGGAUCCCCACUGGACAGGCUGUCUAUUCCACCAUCUUCAAUGCCUCUUCCAUCACCUGGAAAUACUCAGGCUUCCCUGAAUUCUGAGGUUGGUAUCAAGCAAAAUGAAUGGUUACUCUCUGCUGUUUACGUUUUCCUUAAGUUUGUAACCAAAACUGAAAUACUUUUUUUGUCAACGUGUGCUAUUCAGCUGUUAUCUGUGUUGCUUGCAAGUGAGGAGGAAAUCAAGACAAGAAGUAAGGCAGUUGAGUCUCACUGGUCUCCAGAUAAAUACCAAGACAAAUCUUCAGGUGAGAAAGCAAUCUACUGAAUGUUUCUGGACUUUUAAAUAUUGCUAUUAAUAAUAAACAUACAUUUCUCCAUGCAUAAAAUUUUACAGUUUGCAGGUGUGUAAAGUUGUGGGGUAGAUGUUUUCAUGUAAUUUAGCACUGAAGUCUUAUUCCUGUAAACUAUUUAUAUGUACAAUGUACAUGUAGUGAAGUUUCUUUGGUUUAUUUCAUCACUCUGUCAUCCAGCCAUGCACAUCUAUGUUGUUGUGUUCUUGUUUCAGUUUGUGUACUUAUCGAAUUUCAUUCGUUAGUUACAACUACCAAUUACUGUAAUUAAAACUUAAGCAUCAGCUUUGUACAUUGACACUCGCGUAAAAGAUAGGAACAGCACUUAUCACUAUAACAACUGUAUAUAUGUAAAGAGUUCUGUGAAUGUCUCAAUGUUUUUUGAGUACAGUUCAUGCACUUUUGAUUAGUUUGUUCACCUGGAAUUCAUCACCUCCCCUGUGAAUUUGUUUUUCGUAACUAUGCUCACUCACUGCACACUUCUACAUCUAGUUUUUAGCUGCAGAUAGAGCUGUUGUCUACAGCCUUUAUGCAUUAUUGCUUUUAAAAGUAAAAUACUGCAAGCUCUCAAUAUCUCUUAACCUUUCUUGAGCCAUUGUAAGUUUAAUAAAACACAUGUACUGUGCAUUCAUCCUAUCAUUCACUUUUAUUGUAGACGUUUUAACUCAGUAGUACCACAUGCCUUUGAAUGUAAUGUAACAUGAUAAACUGUUCAACUGAGUAAGUCUUUAACAUGCUUAGUGAUGCUCUAACAAGUUGAUUUAAUACUUUUAUGCUUAAAAUUGCAUUUAGUCAUAGUUUGUGCUGAUUAAAUUGUCUUAAAUAUUAAGCAAGCCAUAUAAUAUGUAAAUUGAACAGACUCUUCUGGAGUUGAAAUAGAUUUUGCAUUGCAUACACAAAAUAGGCACCAUACCAUAGGAUAUACCACUGUACAACUGUACAGUGUUGUGCAGUAAUCCUCCCAGCUUUGUACUUUGUAUUAUGUUUUACAAAAAUGUCUUACAGUAUCAAAAUAAUUUUUUUCUUUAUUGAUCAUUCACGUACAUGUAACUCCAUUUUUUAAUUUCUUCCUUGAGAUAAAGUCAUUGUAAAUAUAACGUAUUUAGAUUUUUCAGAUCAGAAAGCUAAGUAGAGGAUUGUAGAUGCUAAGGAUUUCAACCAAUGUUUGUGUAUCUGAAAUUUUUACAGGGAUUUUCUCUUGAGCAGCACUUAAGGAGAGUUCAAUUUGUUUAAUUUGUUUUUAUUUUCUGUGAGAGAUCAAGAUCGAUUAAGUCGGACGAAAAACUAACCUUGCUGAUAUGAAGCGUUCUUAAGGCUUUCGAACAAAUAUGGAACUGUAUAUAACAGUUUACCUUAAUCAGGUUCUUCUCUCACACAAUUCAACUUUAAGGUGUAAUCUUUUACACCCUAGUAUCAGUCUGCAAAUCCUCCACACUGUUUCUUAUACAUUUCCUAAGGAGCUGACAAUGAGAAUUUGUGUAGUAAUCAAGAGCUUGUUUAGUUGGUGAUCAUUUCCUUUACUCUUAUGACCGUAAUCUCUGAUUCAGGGGUGAUAUUGUAAGGGAGUAACUACACCGUUCUGUAGAUGCUACGACUGUAGUUACUAUAUGGGGACUAAGGGUUGAACUUCAUUAUACAGGGCACAAUAUAUCAUCAGUCAUGCAGUUAGCAGAACUAAUCUUCGAUUCUAACACAGUGAUAGACUGAGGCAGUUAGAAAGAAUCUGAACUGAUUGUUAACCUUUGGUCUUUUGAUUCUAAGUCACAACAGGACUCUACCUGACUUCAUGCACAGUAGUAUACCUGUGGCGUUUGUCUAAAUGGACCUUGCACUUCGGUUAAUCUUUGCCCAGUGUCCUUGUACGACGAUCUUGUUUGUAUCUCUCUGUGAUGACUACAACUGUUGAGUUACUGCACAAUGAUCGCAUGUGUGGAAGAUCAUUAAUCAUUAAUCAUGUACUGGUGUCUUGGGGUUUCUGUCUCUUUUAAUUACAAAGCAGGAAAUGUUGGCUCUCGUCACACAUCUGUACUCUGAAUGAAGCACUAACUGUUCUUUUGGCAUUUACAAAAUAAUUGCAUGAUCACUUUGUAACCUGCAUGUUUGCCAUUUGGUUGAACUACAUGGCUACUUUCAUUCUAAUAGUCUUUACUUUGAAAUUACUUCCUAGAGCAUGCACAACGUUUCUUUGAGAUUUAAUUUCUUUAAACCACAUCUAUACUUAACUCUAGAAAUUUAACUCCAUUUCCUCCAGUUGCUUCAUUUAUAUAAUGGUUAAUUUUUAUUAUUCAGGCACUGCUGAACAAUAAACAAAAAAACCAGUUUCGGACAAAUUCUAAAUCUAAGUUUUUAAAUGCGAUAUAAUCUAGGCAACUGAAAAAAUGAUCAUCAUUGACAGACUACCUUUUAAUAUAAAUAUCAAUUACGAAGUUAUUUUUUGAUUACCAAAAUGUGAAUUCUAGUAAAGGCUCCUUUAUAUAAAGGCAUACAGAAUAAAUGAAUGCAUAAAAGAUAUUUUUUUUGAUACACCUAUAGCUUUUUGUAUAAAGACUAUCAUAAUAGCUGAAAUUAUGACUCAAUUAUAAUAUUAAGAUACACCUUUGAAGAAAGAGUUUAACAAGUUUUUGCGUGGGUCAUUAUUAGGUUGGACUUUAAAAAGAAUGACAAUUUCCUUUUUUUUUUGAGCAAUCGUGAACAUGGCUGUGUUCAAAUUAACAUGAAUGUACAAUUACUUAUUUUUUUUCCCUUUUUAUGGAGGAGUUUGUGUUUCAUUUUGAGACCUUGAAAUUAUUUAAAAUAAAAUUUUUGAACCAAAGACUAAAAUCAACAACAACACAUAUAAACACGUAAUAAUGUUUUGUUUAAAUUUCCUCGCACGUAUUUAAUGCAUGCACUCAUUGCUGUCAAGUAUCAGAAACCUGUGAAUACCUUAACGUCUUUGGAAAUGUCUAAAGUUAAAUUAUCGAGGCCCAGUUGUUCAAAGAGCAUGUAGCGCUAUCCAACAGAUACAAUGUACAUCGCCAUCCAGCGGAUAUGUGUCAGCAAAACGUACUGCGCUAUUCAUCCACCAUUCGAACAAACGGGGCCCGGUGUUUGGUUAUCUGGUUUAUGAUUGGCACAGACAUCUCUGGAAAAUAUCAAUUCGCAAGAUUUUUUUGGUGUUCAUGGUUUUCUGAGCUUGUCAGAAGUAUAUGUAAUUUUAGCAUAACGCUAUAAGUGGUCUUUCUCAAAUGCUAUCAUCUGACUGGCUGCGCUGCGCCGCUUGCUGUCUGAACUGUGAUAAACAUUGAAUGGUUUGUGAGUAGUUAAAGUCUAUCACCAUCUGCGUCAUAUGUCACGCAUAGAAAUCUCGACCCAUUAUCGAAUUGUCUUAGUUUAUAUCUGCUAUUAGGUCAAAAUUUAACAACAAGUCAGGCUUGUGUUUUGAUUUUAUUUCGUCAUCAACUGCACACUGUGAGCCUACUCACCAAACUCGCUGUCUAUGCGAGUAGCGUAGCAAAUCAGAUUGCAGAAUUUGUGGUAGAAUGCUUAUAGUGGAAUGCUAAUUGUAAAUUAAAACACUAAACCCUCUUCAUCCACAGCUCAAUACUACACGGCUAAUUCUCUUUAUUUAUUUUAGCCCUCUCUAUUUCAGUUUUAGCUGUGAAGAGAGUGCUCAACACUUUGGAAAUCCUUGACCGCUACAACUUCAACAGAGCAGAUUCAACAAGUUCCAUUGACUCACUUUACAGCAAGAUUUUUGCUGAUUCAAUUAAAACGGGAGGACAGGUACGUGUUAACGCUUAAGAAUUUUUCACUUUUGUAGACGUAAAAGGGGAAGCAGUGGCCAGACAGAUAAGGCAGAUAAGGUGCUGGUCUCCAAGGCGAGAGAUCCGGGUUCGAAAAUUGGCCAAGUUGCCAUGUUGUGUUCUUGGGCAGAGCAAUUUUCCGAAACGAUUUCCCUGAAAAAUGCAAGAAUUUUUUUCUAGUGUUGCUGGCUAUAUUUAUGUAAAUACACAUUAUUCUUAGUGUCCUAUUACCCAUGCUAUUGGUUUCUCUCUGUUUUUUUUACGUUAGGCAUCUGCUACUGAUGAGGCAAUAGCGCUUCUGUUGUUUGAAUGGGCCGUCAGUAAAUACCGAGUGGGGAAAUUCCGUGCUUUAGCUGUAGCCAAAAUAUUGCAAAGAAGACAAACUGAGAUCCUGGAGGAGGUAAGAUGCGUACAGCCUACAGUGCAAAUUUUAAUGUUGUUGGAAAGUUUUCAAGCACGCUGUUGCAUAGUACAUAAUUUACUCAAUUUUGAGAUCCAUCAGAUAUUUCCCUCGCUCGCGAAAUCAGAAAUAUCCAAUUCAUUUCCUAGAUUAGUUCGCAGAAUGGGUAUCUUUGCUUAGCUCGGCUGACGGCAGUCCUGUCGUAAGUGACGACAGCUUCCGGUUUUCAAGGUAUACGUCUGAUAUGACGAAAACCUUCGAUUUAAGAUUCGAAUCAAAUGGAAGAGCAUACAUUUAGACUGUUGUUAAAGAUGAGGAGAGAAACCUGAAAGAAAACAAAGUUACUUGCUUUUGACUGGUAGUACGUUCUUUGCCAGAGAAAAAAAAAAAGAUCGAGCGAGACUAAGAACCACCGUUUCUCGGUGUACUUAAAGGAACAACGAAAACGAUAACACUAGUUCCGUUUCUUUUGGUAGAGAGAAAGUUCUCAAGAACAAGGAGAGGAAGGAACUUCAUCAAACGCGGUGACUACUGCUGCGAGCACAGUGCCACCUUUCCAAAAGGUGUUGAUGAAUUUUCUGGACAAUUACGCUCCCGUAGUCGGUAAGUAUUUAUGUGGACCACUGUUUGUCUUUCUGUCAAUCCUCUGGUUUGGGGGUGUGGUUUGUUUGAGUAUAAAGUGCUUUCAAAAAGGGAAGGGUAAUAUGAAUAAUACGCUAAACGUAACCUUCACUUCUGGCCGAAAGCCAUUAGAACUCUUCUUUUUGCAGCUAAGCUAGCUUCGUUGUCCCAUUUCCUCCUUUUCCCUAAGGAUUUCCUCUAUUUUUCCUUCUUGUCUCUUCUCUUGACUUCUUUUAUUUCUUUUUUCUUUCUGGUCCCCUAAUUUCCUUCCUUUCUUUUCCCUUCCUGUCUUUCGUUUUUCUCUCUUUUCUUCCAUGUGUCUCUAAAAAUCCUCAAUCCGCCUAUUUCCAAAAUAGAGUAGAAUCCCGCCUUCUUAUACACGGUUUUUUAUUGUACCAAGUUGGUUGUAAUGACUUUGCUCCAUUGUUUUUCAGAUGGUGGUUACCAACACAACAAGACACAUCCAAGUUUUGCACAGUUGACCCUCCUGUUUGGCGAACUCAUCAGAAAUGAAGUGUUCUCGCACAACUCUUACAUGUGUACCCUCAUAUCAAGGGGGGACCUUCAACCCACUCCACCUGUUUCCAUCCCCUCUCCCCCAAGACCAGUCAUACAAAGCAUUGAACACCCCCCUGAAGCAGAUCCGAUGGGCAUUGAAGAGUGUGUACAAGAGGGUGAUGCUCAAGGGGGAAUAGACAUCCAUGGUCUGGUGAGUUGCUUUUUCAUUAUUACACCUUUCACAUAUACCUGCCCCUUGACCGAUAUUUCCCUUUCGCAAAGGGGUGAUCAUGGCAGGGGAAUUCGGACCCCCUCGAUAAAAGGCCCCCUCCUAUUUUCCGUGUUAACUCACCCUCUAAGCAUUUUCCCUGAGUACAAACCUAUUUUUGAAAACCUCAGAAGAUUUAGGGAGAGAAGUAGUCCAUUUUAAUCCAUUACUUUUUUUUUGUCAAUUGGAUCUCAAACUUUGCAAAUCUCGAUCUUAAAUGUGAACACUACAAAAGAAAAAUAGCCCAGUAAUUAUAAAAAUGCCCAAUAAUUACAAGCAACCGUGAGCGAUAUCCACUAAUUUUGUUUGUUACCCAUCUCCACAGACCUGCCAAGAAGAUCUUGGCCGUAAAGACAGCAGCAGUGACAGUGAGUUGAAGAUGUCUCAGCACCUUCUAGAUCAGGAGCUGCUGGUACAUCAAAACAGACUCAUACAACUUCUUGACCAAGGCGAUAAUGAAAUUUUUGCAGAUCAGGAAACCCCGAUACUAACUGCUGACCUUUCAGGUAAGAUUUUAUCAACAAUUCUCUGAAUUAAAUUAUUGGAAAACUGAGGUGGUUCUACCCCUCCUAGUAAAUGUUUAUCUCUGUAGAUAGGUGAAUCUUGAAAUGUUUACAAUGAUUCAAAAUGGGGGCCACUGAAAUCGGUCUCACAUUAUGUGCACAUUUAAGUUUGAUUAAGGCUUUUAAUUAAGUCUUUUGCUGCUAUGGUAACCCAGUAUGUCAAAAAAUUACCUCAACUUGUGGAUAAAAAAAUGGGCAUUUAGGGGCGUUAUAUCUCAGUUAUUUUACAAUUUAAUUUUCACUCUAGCGCGACAGACAUUUGCAUAUAAAUUUGUAUUGAUAUUAACUUAAUUUUUAAAUGGUUGAUUUUUGUUUUGGUUUUUGUUCUUAUUUUUAACCAGCUGUCGCAAAUAACACAAAACUUGAGCCAGGCCUGGCAAAUCCGUCCUCUUUGACCGCUGACCAAAGAGACAACUCACUCAUGGAUUCAACUUGCACUCUUCCCAAAAAGUCGCAGCAUGCACAGUACGCCCAGCAUUUUCCCAUUCCUGCUGAGAAUGUCACAGCACACGAGAGUAACCAGCGGCUUAUCUUGUUGUACGGAGUGGGUAAGGCGAGAAGCCAGGCAAUAGCUACAACCAAAGAAGUGAUGAAGGCGCUCUGUGCCAUGCUGAAUGAUCUGGGGAAGGUGGACGAUUCUGGGCUCUGUACUGAUCAAGGGCAGAGCAAUGAAUAUUUGGUUUUGAAGCGAGAAAGAGAUGAAAAAAGAGCCGUGCUCUACAGGUUAGUGUGAGAUCAAUACUUGUGUUAUAAUACUUCGCGUAAGAAGCUGAGUUAUACACGCGUUUUGAUUAGUUAUUAUAUAUGAUCCAGUGGGGAACGAACGCAUAGAUGACAUCACCAGCAACAAAUUGUUAACACUAAAUUACCUGUUAUACUCUCCCACCGACGUAGCACCACAGUUUUUUUAGAAACUUACCCCUUUAUUAAGAAACAACUGUUUUGUAUCCAGUACUCCAUAAGUUAGUGUAAGAACUGCUCACAUGUCAGUUCACUUCAUAUCACGUUGCUUGGAGUAAAUCAUAAAGGAGGAUUGAUUCAAGAAAGAAACUCUUAAUGGAAUAAAUAAUGCGUUUAUCUGACAAACCCUUUGGAAAAUAGCAACACAGCAUUGUUCCGUAACGUUGUCAGUGCAAAAUAUUACACGCGGUUUGACCACCUCAGCAAUUUUAUCUUACACUCGUUUUCUUCUUCACCAACUACUAUCAGUUUCCAUAUGUUUGUUUUGUUUGAUCGUUUUUCCUUCAGCAAAUUUUCAAACCUCACGUGCUUUGACCAGUACUUAGCCGUUGCGAAGUGCACCAACAUUCUUCGCGACCAGAAAGCCAAACAACCCAAGAUAUUUGGUUUAGUAAUGCCCACACCGACACUGAGCCAACUUGAAUUCCUGUACGACUUGUUCGAACUUUCUGGUGAUGUUCAUGGACUUCUUGACUUUGUUGCGUACCUGCUUAUGCCAAGUGAAGAAGAUAUAUCAACCACGCAAUUACCACAAGUUAAAACAGUCGUUGGGACAUUACCAACUAAGUCAGUUGUGGUAGUCGCGAUGCUUCGCAAAUAUCACGCCUGUCUAAUGUUGCUCCCCGAACACACAACAAGGAUUUUCAGAGGGUGAGAUUUUCCUUUUUGAGUCUUUGCUCAGACAGAUAUCAAUUAGAGGAGGUGGAAAUGAACAAGUCUGUUGUCUUUUGAAGUUAUUCGAGUGUUUAUAACGUAGGAGUGAUGUCACACCAUCUAAGUGGGAUACUACAAAAUACGCUGACUUCAUUGCUUGUUAGAGGGUGGAAACUUUAUUUACCUUCGGAUUUUUAUAGAUAACUUGGAUUAAGGGGAGCUUCUCUCCCCAGAGCCAAUUCGGAAGCGAGCAUGGCACUUAGUGAGAGCGCUCACCUCCCGCCACUGUGGCCUGGGUUCAACUCCCAGAUUUGGCGUCACAUGUGGGUUGAACGUGUGGUUCAUUCUCUAGCUUACUCCAAGAGUUUUUUUCCGGGUUCUCCUUUCACAAAAUAUUAUAUUGAGGCGCUUCUCUUGUGAAAAAUCCGUAAGACUUAGAUAUAAGGGCGUCUUCAAUGGUAAAAUGGAUAAUGAACUGUGGUAGAUGAGCCUAUAAAAAGUCUCCGAGAUAAACCAACCACCUGUAUUUAAAUAAUUUCCAUAAUAAUUAAUUUUUAUGAAACGAGCGGCUAGCUUUAAAUUUACCCAUUUGAAGUUUUUCGGUGGCUGUUUUAAAAAAUGAAUUUUGAUUCCAGGCUCCUUGCUGCCGUGGAGAACAUCGCUUACCCAGGUAUUUGCUCGUCGCCUGAAAGAUGCAUUCUGGGACUGCUUUUCGACCUUUACUCAUCUUGUGCCCAUCUCAGGGUAAGUUGGCGAUAAAAAGAACCACCGAGUUCUAUGGCGAAAAAGUCAAUGUUCAGAUUGUGGCGUACUUGACCACAAAAACAGUCGAACUGAUAAAUGUCUCGCUCUUGGAGCCUUUAUAAAAUUUAGAAAUGUUGAAACAAUAUGUUGGUCAUGUAACUUACACUGAUCCGUUAAGUUGUUCAUGAAAACAGCUCAAGUGUUAUGUUACUUCACGUGGAUUGCCAGGUAUUCUUAUUUCUACAGCUAUUCAUGAGUACCGCAGGCGAAAAGUAAAGGUUGUCUUAUACCUCCUUAGAGUUCCUAAGUGAACCCUCUGCUUUUUCAUUUAUUCUAACAGCCUCAUUGUUGUUUAUUUUUAAUUAACGAGUAUUAGUUUGACUGUAAACUUAUGAAUAUCAUGUAUGUGAGCUGCGCAUUAAUAUAUGAAUAUUUAAUUUAAUUUUAUUUAUUUAUUUACUUCUAUAGCGCCCUUUAACAUUUAUAUGAUCAAAGGCGCUUUACAAUUAGUGUCUCUUCCACCCAUCCCACCCCAGGGGAGGACAUCCACCACACAGUAAUCUCGUGCGUGGGAAAUUAACGUCUCCUACCCCAACCCUGCAGGAGACGGGGCCUACGGUUUUACGUCCUAUCCGAGAAGUGAGAGAAAUCCGAGAAUAUGAGAGUGAUCUUCAUAGUAAGGAACACUACUUAAGCAGAAGUGAAAAUAAAUCCUUAAAGAAUUUAGGCCUAUACGGAAGUUGGAGAUCAUUCUCAUAUUCAUCGAGUAUCUAUUUGACGUCUAACUUUUAUCCUAUACUUUUUUGCAGUCAAAGUAUGCGGAUAUUUUCAGCACUGCUUUCACUAAGAUCAAGCAAGCAGUGUGUUCGAGCACCACUCCAUCAGCUUGCACUGAACCGUACGAACCAAAGUUUAUGGCAGAGUACUUCCAGAACCCAAGGUAACCAAGGGCGGGGCAAGGAGGGAAUCCUGUGGUGUACUGUAUAUCCCUCCUUUGUUCCUUUGUUAAGGAAAUUACUGAUCAUUAUUUUGUAAAAUGAAAAGUAACUUGACGUUCCCUCAAUUACUACGAAGGCGCUACUUUACACACCUCCCCCCCUCCAAGUAAAAUAAAAUAGUUCCUUUCCCCAUCGUAACAUAAGGGACCAGUCAUUUUUUAUCGCCAAUGGGAUAAACUUUAGAAUGGUUCCCCCUUAAACCUGUGCAGUUCAAGUGAUUGAUAGUCACUCUUAACUGAAAUUCAAUUUGAACGUCUCAGGACCAAGAGGCUCGAUGGCAUCUGGGAUUAUCUUCUGAAUCACGAGAAACCAUGUGAUGUUUACAGCUUUGUGUGUAAUGCCAUGAUGAAUGUGUGCAACUGUCAGAAUAGCGAAAGGUAAUGUUAUAAAAGGUUAGGCCAGUAACAGGUAGGAACCGAAAAGAAUUUGAAAAAAAAGAACGACAUUUUGAGCUCACACGCUUCACCGGUACUCCAAAACAGGCGCAACAAGCUCGGCUCUUCGUAUGAGCGGGAGAACAGGUUGUUUUAAAGAAAAUUUAAAGCUUUAAGCAAACGUGAAAACGGCUUUUCAACCGUAUCCAAAUCUAAUUUGGUUUCAUCAACUGCGUUGAUAACGGUCGCAUUUAGUUCUUAAACUGUCCAUGAACAGCUCUUUCGUUAUGUGUUUCCCCUUUUUUUCCGUUCCUGGAAUAAAAAUACCUGCGGUAUUAGUAUACGCUCCUAGUCCAGAGUGCUAGCUUCAUUAUAUAAUACUAUUACUGAACUUUAUAUCCACAGAUUGUACGACAUCGGUGUUCUGUGUGCAGAGGUAACUGCCCAUCAUGACAAGCUCAGUUCACAAUGGCUUGGCGUUCUCAGAGCACUGUGUUGCUCUUCAAACAGCUCUUCGGGCUUUGUGGAUUUGCUUUUGGAAGUAGAUGUAAGUAUAGCGGCAAGCUCAAAACCAAUUACUCUAGGCAAACGCUAAGGAUUACUAACUGCCUUGAUUUUUGGGGGGAAAACCUGCAAGACUAAAAUCGGCAUUUUUCUUAGUGAAACCAUAAGGUUUUUACAUAAUAGUCCAGAUUACAGCAGUGUGCUUUGUUUUGAUCAUUUGUUUUAAUCAUUUGAUCGAGAUGAUUUUGCUAUGAGAAACGAAAAUUAGUGAACAUGGUGACGUAAAAGAGCACAUUUUAAUUGAUUAGUAUAAAACCAAAACCAAUGUAUUCAAAAUGGCCAAUCAGAAUGAAGGAAGAUAUCCUAACGAGCCGAUUUAACAUCUAAUUGGUUGAGGGGGGUGACUUGAGUAUUCUGGACCAAUCACUGAGCGAAGUAAGGUAAAACCAAUGCAACCCCAAGAAAAAGUAGUUACCUUAAGCCAGCAACUUUAGUAGCUGAAGACUUCUCUCGCGAUCUUGCUUACAGGUCGGGGAUUUAUCAAUUCAUGAGUCCGUCGCCACAUUUACAGCUUUACUAAUAGCCAGAAGUUGCUUUUCAUUGGAAGAUGUCAUCUAUCACGUGGCGUUACCCUCACUUCUUGCCGCCCUUCCGUCAGGUGAGAAAUUUAACGCACUUCAUUUUUCAGUUCUUUUAUACUCUGAAGGAUUUGAUCGUAGGAAGCAGAGGAGUUGUUUUCGACCGUAGUUAGUUAGCUAUUUCCAUCAUGCCAUUACAGCGUCACUCGGUCUUGCUGAUUUAUCGUCGGUUUAUGCGAUCUUGUUACACAUCUGUUGACUUUCUCUCUGCAUGAAGAAAACUGUACAAUGUAAUGUUACUCUCGGUGGUUCGCGCCUCGCACGGAAAGCCUCGCUUACCGAACUUUCUUCCCACGGAAAAGUUCGCUUACCGACAAUUGCCGCAGUACAUAGGAUUUCAACAAACGAGUGGUGUGAUAGCAUGUAUUGACGGUCAAUCAAUCAAGUAUCUCCCCGUAGUAAUGUAUUUUUGUCAGUUAAAACACCAUAUUGCGAAUUAUGUUAUGUAUGUUUCCACUGUGGUGGAAAUCAUUGUCAAGGUGAACUGAAAGUCGUUUGUCACUCGUCACUCGAAGUGAUUUUGAUAUGACUUUUUUUUACUCUGUUGUAUUUUUAGGUGUGGAGAACCAAGAAGCGGAGCCUGGUGCGAGGCUGACAUGUCACCUGUUAUUGAGGCUUCUUGACGAGUCCACUGACGUCAUGUCACAUGACCACUCGUCGGCGUUAAAGUUUCCCUUUAAAUCAUCUCACGACCAUCACCUACUGUCUGCUGCGCAUGACAGUAUUCGAAUUGGCCCUGUUCUAGCAGCGUUGAAGGCCAUGCUCAAGCUGUCGGAAGCUGGUAUGUUGUACUGUUCGAGGUCUAGUUCGGUAUGUUCGUUCUGUUCUAGAUCCUCGGUCAUUGUACAUGUAAACGAGCGAAAUAGCGAGCGCGCAAUGUUAUGUUUUCAUGACAACCUUUUUUUUCGCCUUUAUGCUCUUUCUUUUGUGUUCUCUGAGCGAAAUCAUGGGCGUAAAUCUCAGCUGGAAUAUUACUUAAGACUAUAAAUUCUGAUCGUACUCUUGAACUGAGAGCUUGGUCAUGUCGAUGGUCAACGAACAAGAAAAACCACUUAUCAAUUAAUUUUUUUUUUUUUCAAUUCAGGCAAAGCAGGAGACAGUGGUUCUACCAGCACUAGUGAUACCACUCGAGAUGACUCCUUCCGAAGUUUGUUCUCUAAUAGAUUGGACGACUUCAUGGAUAGCACGUCUAGCACUGGGGACAUUUUUCCUCCACCACUGGCCUCGAGCAGAUCAGGUGGGCUGAAAACUGCUUUGCUAGGUAGCGUAGUUGCGGAUCUAAUUCCUCCACCUUGUCAUUUGGAGGACGCAGGGGCCCACUUAUGAAAGCACUGGACUCUGAAGACUAGGUUCACACCGUGGCCGGGCCAAUAUGUUAUGUUCUUGGGAAAGACAAUUCUCCCUCACAGUGUCUCUCUUUACACGGGAGUAUGAAUCGUCAGAGAAACUUGACGUAAUGCUAGAUGGUUACUUGCGAUGGGUUAACGUGCCAUUAGGGAAGCGGGAAACACAUUAAGUCACUUAAAACUGCUGGAACUUGAACCGGAACAACCAAUUUUUUUGUGCCUCCCUCCCUCUCUUGCUAUCUCCCCACUUGAUCCCCUUGAAUCCCUAGAAAUGAAUGCUCCUAGAAGGCCUACAAGAGCGUUUGCUGUAAAUCCUAAUUUGAAUCAAUUCUUGUAGCAAUGGAGACUUCGAACAUCAGUGUGUUCGCUGGUUUUGCGUUGCAAGUGAUUUGCCGUCAGGAAUGGGUGAGAGAAAGAUGCCUUCAAGAUCCACAAAUACUCUGCUCACCCGAGCAUUUACUUGAUCCAGCAAUAUCUCCCAACCAGGUAUUCACCGGCUCUGUGAUAAUUAUCUAUAGUGACAAUCACGAUAUUAUUUUCACGAUGUUUUGUGUGUUCCUCUUGUUGUUUAAUCCUCUAGAGAAUAGACCUCUUAAGCAUGUAAGUUUAUUUCCCAGUUUAGGUCAUGUGAUGAUACUGGAGAGAACUUUUUCGUUAAAUUUCGUCAUUUUCACGUACACUUGAACGCAUCAUUUACAAAAGAUAGAGGUGAAAUUCCUUUGAGACCUUCAUUGGGAAAACAAAAGAGACAAGCCAAAGAGGGUUAGGUACCCCAGAACAACCUAUUGGAACGUUGCGCAGACCGUGCGCUGCUUAAAAUCUUUCACGAAUAUUACAUGCCUUUUUGUGCAGGUUCUAUCGUUGUUCAUGUUGUUGAUCACUUUCUCGCAGGCGAGGAAAUUGCUGCAUUUGAUUUGUUAUCCUGCUGGUGUCCCGUCAUCCAUUGGGGCCUUAUUGCUAAUAGUAAUGAUAUGGAGACAAUGCAUGAGGCUGCAAGCAGGAUACUGCAGGUCAGUGGUUUUUUUUAAUGAUAACCUUUGGUAUUUAACGAUUACAGAAGCAACCGUAGCUAAUAUUUUAUGGGAGUUCUUAGUGUACUGAACCAUUUGCUUCUGUUUUUUUUUCUCUACUUGUUUGCAGAACUUGGAUCAGUGGUCUUUGAGGAAAUCUUGGUUGGAGUUACAGCUUAUGAUCAAACAGGUUUCCAAAGAGGUAUCCCGCAAUUCAUCUUUUCUUUCACGUAUUGUUUGGGCGAGGAAAAGUAAUUCAAUUGACUUGAUUUUUGUCGUAGGAAACCGGACCUCUACUAGAUGCAGUCGCUACAAGCGCAAUGAGUGUCUUCGUCCAGCGGCAUGACACCACUCCGCUAGCAACAGCCCAUAGCAACCAAAAGUCUGUGGUAGUAAAAGGACCAGAAUGGCUAGUUGCUCCUUUAAUCUCUAAAUUGUCUAACUCGGUACAAGGCCGACUCCUGAAGGCUGCUGGUGAAGUACUGGACACCAAACAAUGGUGGAAGGAACAUUCGGCAAAGUCUUCUGUGUAAGAUAAAUUCUUUUACUGUGUAAUAUACCCAUAAUUAGGGAAGAUAUGUAACUUUCUCUUUCAGCUUUGAAAUGGCUUGAUGUCAUCAGUUUGUGAUUUUUUUGGCAAAGAAGUGAUGACAAUAUAAAUGAAAUAAGAGACUGAAAAAUUACUUUCAAACCAAAAUUUGAAGCGAUCAUCUUUUUCGAAUCUGUUUAUUUUCCCGAACUGUUUGUUUGAUCUUGUCUGUGGCUCUAGGGAAAAAUUGUGAAAAGGUAUUUCGUUUCUAGAGUAAUGGUGGUGCUGCGUCGGUGUGGGGUAUAACAUGAUAAUUUGGUUUUACCAACUGAGUUAAUGUAAAUUGGCUAUCGUAAAGAGUUUCUAAAGCUGACUGACUAAGGGCUUACGCUCGAAACAUCAGCUCUAGAAACUCUUAGGAGCCAUAUUGGAAAACUCUCAGCAAUCUCCUCUGAUGCAACACCAUUCUUUAGCGAAGUGUCACUGCCACUAGAAUUCUUGUUUCAAUUAUCGCUUAUUUUUCCCUUAUUUUCUUUUGUGUCCUGCUAGACCAACUUUAGUUCACACGCAGCCUUUCCUGUCUCUGGUGCUCGCAUGUCUCAAGGGGCAAGAGGACCAGCGGGAAGGACUUCUGGCUUCCAUACAGCGGCAGUUGGCUCACUUACUGCAAUCCUCAGUUGAGGUUUGUGUGUUCCCCUCUGUCUGUUAUAGAUGAUUUCCAGUCUGAGCUGAACAGCCUCCUUACUUAAUGUUUGUGAGCCUCAAGCAUGAAUUUUAAGAAGUUUCGCGGCAAGGAAAAAAGUGGCGGGCGCCAGUCUACUUAACUCGCCGCUGCGUUCUCGCCAAACUCAGUCGGAGAAGAACUCUAUGUGUAAAAGGAAUUUCUAGAAAAUUAAUUUACUCGGUUAUCAUCAUCGUCGGCGUAAUUUUUUUUUGCACGUGAAAUCAUUGAAAAUUGUCAACAAAACCUGGCGUCUUCGUAAUUCCUCAUAGGAAUAAUAUGAUGGCACUAGUAUAAGAAACUUGAUGAAUUUUGGAGCCUGCUGAUGAGUUAGGCAGAUGGUUUUUUUUUUCUUCUUGUCACGAGCGUGGAACAAAGAAAAGAUCCUGAGUUCUCAGGUGGAAUCCAGCCUUUGGUUUCGACCCAGACCCUCCUACUGGAUCGCGAAUCCGAAGCUCUGAGGUUCGAUUCUGAAAACGGGACUUUUUCUCUUGUAUCACGCUCGUGACAAGAUGGAAAAAUAACAUCCUUCUUCAUAGUAUGCCUCACUUGCUUUGAAAUUUUGAAAAUAGUUAUUUCAAGAAUUGAAUGUUUCUCGCAUUCGUGUCACCUGUAGAGUUAUGUUUCUCAGCCAACAGCUAGAUUUUUUAAAAAAAUCGUAUGACAAGUAGAUCUUGAUAUGGAAACAGAUUUCUCCUUUAACUUCCGUAUUUGAGUACGAACGCGUUAACAUUUUACCUUAAUCAAUAAAACACUUAGUAUGCUUUUUUGUUGUUAUUUUUUGCACUGUAGGAGAGAUGCCCCACCGAUUUAAAGAGCAAAGAAGUCCUCCAAGAGGCCUUGCACUUGAGGAUUAGCCUGGUGAGUCCUUUGCUUGCCCUGCUUUUGUCAGUUUUGAAGUAUUUAAGUAUUUAUGAUGAAGAAUCUUCUCAACGUAUUUAUUCAAUCGAGUGCCCCGGGCGGUUAUUCAAAUAUUUGACAUUGAGAGCGGGUGCUUUUGCGAGACUUGGGUGCUCAUUCGAUUUCACCCUUUUUCACCCUUUCUUCCCUUCCCCCCCCCCCCCCUUCUCCACCCUCAGUAGGCAGUAAGUUCAAUUUGCAACAAAACAAUAGAUAACAAAAAAUCGUUAAGAUAAACUGUUGAUGGUGAAUGUCGAGAUUGUAAGCCAGUAAAGAAACAGCCUUUUUUUUUUUCUAAAAUGUGGGUGCUUAGUAACUUUUCGUACCCAUAGAGUGGGCGCUUAUUCGAGGUCGGGUUACUUGAGUUCUUAAGUGCCCAUGCCAAGAUUACAAUCAGUAUACAUGCAACCGAUAAAUUCGCGCUCAACCGUCAAAGUUGUUUGCCAAUCUGGGACGAGACAUCUUUUUGGGUUUAUAUUAAGACUGCUUAUCCACUUUGUAAGGAUGUCUGACUUGUCCUAUUUUUCUUGGUUCUUCAUGAACAGCUUGGUGCCAUGUUUGACACGAUUCAACGCAGCAGUCAACUAUCUAGUGAUUGGGCUACACUUUUGUUCCAACUCGUCAGCUCCGGUACAAUCACUGCUGACUCACUGCCUUCGAAAAAGUAUGUUAUUUAGUAAUUUUUCUUUGUUUUUUUUCCCCUGUGUGUUGUUACUGUUGCUGUUGUUGUUUUUGUUUUUGUUUUCCUUUGGGUAGAAAUAACGCCAGGCACUCUUUUAAUGUAGGCAGGAAUCGAUUUUAUCUCAAAAGAUUAAUUCAUAUUCACAGAUAUUCUUAUUCUGCAAUAGAUGAUUCCUCAAUUCUAAAUACAAAAUCGUAGACACGCUCGAAAACUGUAAUCGCCUUCGAUACGAUAAGACAAAGGUUUUGUGAAAUUGCAAAGUUGCGAAAGAUGAUGAAGAUAUGAUCAAAUUUACAGUUUUUCAAUCUGGAAAGCACUCAAUUGUGUCCGAUAACAGUAACUGUGGAAAUUAUUCUUUUUCAUAAAAGAGCAGUUAAGCUUCACCUGGAAUAUAUCUUUUGUAGCAUUUUGCUAAAAUGACUGUUUUAAAGUCUUUUUAGCAAAGUUUUUUUUAUAAGUUUUUUAAUUCAAAUUGCUCGUUGUCGAGCUCGUCGUGGAUUGUACAAGUCUCUCGACCCUUUGCACCACAAUAUAGAAUGCAUAUUUUCCAGACUGUUCUCUGAACAUUUUCUAAGAUGCUCACAAGAAGAAUUUCUAUAAGUUACUAGGUGAUCGUUUCCUUUAUUCUCAUGACCUUAAUGUUUGAUUUAAGAUGACAUUAUCAGGAGAAAUUAGAUAUCAGUCACUCGCAGGGGUUAAAUGUUUGACUCACUUUGCAACAAACUUAUCUGUCAUCCAUCUCUGCUGACUUCGUUUUAGGGAGUUAUUGACAAAUGUUCUGGAUAUGGUGUCAGUUCUGAUUAGUGUUGUUUCUAACACGGAGUCGCCACACGGACAGUCUGCUGAAGAAAGCCGGAAAGCAGCUUUUACACUCUUCAAGAAGCUCAAGGUAUAAAUGUCUACUUUUACAAAAGCUCAGACCUCACGUGCAAAGUCUGUAGGGUAGGGGGGACCGGAGAAAGAUUGUAAUCACACCCUACUCCUUAUGAUUAAUUUGACUCGGGGAAAGAACUGAACUACUUCUUACCUUCCUUUCACUGACACUGAUAGUGUGAGAGUGCAAAAGUUGAAAAUCACUGAAGGUCAUUUUGGUUACGCUCUGUAAGUGUGAUUUUGGUGUAACGUUGUUCCAUUAACGUAGGUUCUUGUCUUCCCGUGAAGGAAGAAGUUGCUGAGUAUAAUUUUCUUCCUUUUAGACCUUAUUCGCCCUAUUGUUUUGUUCUCCUAUGGCAUGUGAUGUGGCGGUUCUCGAGGGAGUAUUUGGUUUUAAGUUGGUCAAACGCACGGUUCUAAGCUCUUUUGAUUUUCACAAAAGCAAAGCAUUGAGGCUGAGGCAAGCUUUGCAAAGAGUAGUGGCGACAAAUCUUUACGAAAACCUGUUCAGUGCACCAAACAUUUCUUUGCUACACGAUCGGGAACUAAUGAGGGGCAAGACCUUUUUUACGAUAAGAUGAUUUUCCAGCUGCGAUCAGUCGCCCGAAUUCAAAUCAGAUUGAACUUAUGCCACUGAUCACAGCUAAAAAUAUAAUCACAAAAAUUCUUCGUUAUCCAUGUCACACGAGGAGGAGUUUUUUUUCUAUUUUUCCUCACUCUAUAACGGAGUGACUUGUUUGGAAGUAGUAUACAAGGAACGGUUUGUAGCAAGGUGCUGUCGCUGUGAAUAUGUCCCGCCCCUUAAGGAUUUUACGUGCGCUCCGAUGGAUAAUUAGUUUACGGUGCACGUGAGGACUUAGCUAGAACAUUUCUGUUGCAUUUCGGCAAAGGAAAAGUUUGCUCUUAGACAUUUUGCUUGUCAGCUGCUUGUUCGUUUGAUUAGGUAAUUGAUUGACGCUAUAUUUUUGGUUAUUUUCAGCGGGAACUUGCUGGAAAAAGUCCCAUUGACAUCAUGCAGCAGUGUAAACAGCUUCUACCCCUCCCCUCCCUUUCACACAAUGUGUUCACUGUUUCACCUGUCAAAGACACACCCGCGAAUCCUGGGCAGACUGCAGACAAAGCUCUCACAGGAGGACCAAGCACCAGCCAG